AUGCAAGACGAUAACCCAGUCAAAGCUGCCCGGAACUUUGAUAAAACCUUCGAAGAAGAAAAAGCGGCAACGAAAUGUUUGGUUGACAUGAAGACCAUUCAGCUGAAUGCUGAGGAUCUUUACGAUCGCGAAAAGGUGGACCUCGAACAAGUAGAGCUCGAAGACGUUUGGCAGCUCUUGCAAUCUUUGCUAGGUUUUCUAAUUCUAAUUGCCCGCCUUUUCCAGAUCGGUGAUGUGGUCCCUGGAGAUUGUCGAUUGUACGACGCAAUUAACGUUAGCAUCGACCAAGCGGCCUUGACCGGUGAAUCACUUCCGAUUUCCAAAUCAGUCGGCGAUCAAUGUUUCUCGGGAUCCAUCUGCAAACAGGGUGAAGCUGAGGGCAUUGUGAGUGCUACCGGUGCCAACACAUUUUUCGGACGAGCUGCCACCCUGGUGGGUGCAGAAAAUGAUUCUACCGGACACAUGCAAGCAGUUUUGGCCAAGAUUGGUGGCUUCUGUCUCGUCUCAAUCGGCAUUGCCAUUGCACUCGAGCUCAUCGUUCUCUAUGGGGCAUUCCGCUACUCUUACCGCCGGGGUUUGGACAACAUUCUCGUGCUGCUCAUCGGUGGUAUUCCAAUCGCUAUGCCUACGGUUCUAUCGGUCACUCUCGCUGUGGGCGCUCAACAGCUCGCCAAGUACAAGGCCAUUGUCACCCGUAUCACCGCUAUCGAAGAACUUGCGGGUGUCACUAUCCUUUGUUCUGACAAGACCGGAACCCUGACCACCAACAAGCUCACAAUCGACAAAUCAACCAUCAAAACAUACUCGGAUGUCGGACCGGAGGACGUUUGUAUUCUAGCCUCGUACGCUUCCCGGGUUGAAAACCAGGAUGCGAUUGAUGGUUGUGUGGUUGGGACCGUUGGCGCCGAUGUUGCACGUCGAGGGAUCAGGCUCGUUGACUUCAAACCGUUCGAUCCUGUGUCAAAACGGACGGAGAUAACCUACAUUGAUGUUGUCACUGGGGAAAUGCGCCGAGUUAGUAAGGGUAUGACUGGAAAGAUUAUGGACCUUUGUACCUACAACAAGACGGAAGAAAUCGAACGCCAGCUUGAAGCCGAUGUCGAGGAAUUUGCCCGUCGAGGUUUGCGAGCCCUAGCCGUUGCUUACGAAGAUGUUCCCAGUGGCGACGCCGAUGGACCUGGAAGUGGAUUCCAACUGAUUGGUCUGUUAUCUAUCUUCGACCCGCCCCGAGACGACACCAAACAAACAAUCGACGAUGCUGUGAGCUUGGGGCUAAAGGUUAAGAUGGUCACCGGUGACCAGCUCGCUAUCGCAAAGGAAACCGGUCGACGAUUAGGCCUGGGUGACAACAUGUUUGCCUCUAAGGUUCUCAAAGAGGGCCCCCCGCCCGGAAGCAAAUUUUCUUCAGUGGAUAACAUGAUUCUUGACGCCGAUGGAUUUGCCGGAGUUUACCCCGAACACAAGUAUGAAAUUGUCAAAAAACUGCAGAGCUUGGGCCACAUGGUUGCAAUGACUGGUGACGGUGCCAAUGAUGCUCCUGCUCUUGCCCGCGCUAAUGUCGGAAUCGCAGUUGAAGGAGCUACUGAUGCCGCGAGAGGAGCCGCAGACAUUGUCCUCACCGAGCCCGGUCUAUCGACCAUCGUCCACGCCAUCAGACAGUCACGAAUAGUCUUCCAAAGAAUGAGAAACUACUCAAUCUACGCCUGUGCCGUUACCAUCCGUAUUGUUGUUGGCUUCGCCAUCAUGGCCUUCGCCUUUCAGUUUGAUUUCCCACCCUUCAUGGUCCUGGUUAUUGCUAUCCUGAACGACGGAACUGUCAUGACCAUUUCACUUGAUCGCGUCUUGCCCAACAACGAGCCUGAUCACUGGGACUUGGCUGAGAUCUUUACAUAUGCCGUCGCAUAUGGCCUUCACCUCGCUUUGUCAACCAUCCUGCUGUUUGUUGUUAUUGUAAACACAACAUUCUUCGAAGACAACUUUGGCCUAUCGCCAUUGAAAGACGCCAAUGACCCCCAGCUGCACAUGGUUAUCUACCUCCAAGUAGCCAUCAUCUCUCAAGCUCUGAUCUUUGUUACCCGGUCUCACAGUUGGUUUUUUAUGGAGAGACCAUCUUUGGCCUUAUUGGGCGCCUUUUGCAUCGCUCAAACUGUCGCUUCCCUGUUGGCCGUCUUUGGAACUAUGGAAUUUUCGGCGGUUCAGGCUAUUCCAGUGACCUGGGUCGCUGUUGCUUGGGUUUGGAACUUAAUCUGGUUCCUUCCUAUGGACCUGAUCAAAUUCGCUACCCGAGCCGUACUCAAGAAGUAUCGAUCUCGCCAAGUCAAACCUGUGGUGGCCGAUCUAACUCCGACAGCCCGUCAAUCUACCACCGAAUCCCUCUACAACAACAGAAUGAGUUUCAUUCAACGCGCAGAAAAAUCGCAAAGUCUGCGAAGAUCUUUUCACGGUCAAGUCCGCACAAAUGAGCGCGAUCUGCGCAGGUUUUCUUCGGCUCAAGUCGUCAGCACUGGAGCUGCCCUCAAACGCGCGUAG